GCUCAUCGAAAAAUAGGAAUCUAGUUUAUCUCUCUGCGCACCGCACGGCGUCCUCUCGCAUUAUCUCCCGUCCCUCGUCUCACCCCUCCUUCUCCUACCCUCCUUUCCGUGCGUCGCUCUCUUCUACGGCAUAGCUUUUAUCCAGCGAUCCGUGUGACGUCACGCGCGUGUAUGUACGUACAUACACGGUGCCCGAGCGCGCGUCAAAUUUAACGGGUGUAUGUGCGUGUGUAAGAGAGACACGUGCAAUGUCGACGAUACGACGCUGCGCGAAGCAACUACCGGCCUUACCGAGUUAUCGACGAACUGUGCAAUAGGUACACGCCUGUUGUGCACGUCUCGCCGCCUCAUUACAGGAACCUAGGUCGUGCGAAUCGCUCCGCGCGAUCGUUUACCCUACUGAUUUGUAGAGAUCUGUAAUAUUAGUUGUACGUCGGGGGAACAUGGUCGGCAUGUCGAACGAGGAGGACGGAAGGCGACGCGCCUCCUUUCUCGAUAAUCUCACUUCACUCGAUUGUAGGCAACUUCCGAGGAGAGUCCUACCUGGACGCGCGACGCGCUUCCUGGACCGAUGAUUGAUCGAAACGAUCGAUUUCUUUAACGAUGCUUUUAAUGGGACAAGACUGUCCGAAUUUAACGCACACACCGUACAGAGACGUUUCAGUCUUGAAGAUCAGGUGUUACAAUUUGGAAUUUGAAUUUUGAACGUUGGACGAAGAUGGAGGAAAAAUGGUUUUUUCCUCCUAGCUUCAUCCUGUAUCAGCAUGCUCCAUUUAUACCCCAUCUAUAUACCCUUAUAUGAUAGAUAGAAACCUGCAAUGUUGAUAUUUGUAUUAAUCUAUCAAUUUGGAUAUUACGGUGCACACAUGAUACGCUUACGUUUUUGAGCAGGAUGGCCUGCCUAACAUGAUAUGCCAUCCCUGUAAAUAUCAGCUGGAGAAGUCUUAUCAGUUCAGGAAGAAAUGCCAGGCAGCGGACGCGAAGCUCAAAAAGCAUAUGAAGUUGAUACAGCAGUUGACUGGACAGGACGAAGAGGGCGAGAACCAGGAUAGCAAGGACAACUUGAAAGAGUCCACUACUGGCAAGUCCAAGCAGGUCAAGCAGCUGUUGGCUGACCUGGUAUCGACCAAGGGUGACAGCAGUCAGGGAGACGGAGACCCCAUCGAGGUGACGGAAGAGGAGCUCGUUGGCGGCUACAUUUUGGGGAUGAAUUCCGAGAAUCCAGAGAUGGAGGAGGCCGUGUCGGAGGAUCCGGAGAACAUCACGCUGGUACCAGCCGAGGAACGAACGGCGAAGGCGAGAUGCACCAUAAGGUCGACGCGCAUCAAGCAGGAGCAGGAGUCCGAGGACGAGGCGGACGAGGUGCAGAGAGCGAUCGCGAAUGCAGAACACAAAAACGUGUACGUGAUGGAGCUUACCAGCAACAAUACCGGAGAGAGCGAGUCGCUCAAGUUGCAACCAAUGGGUGAUACGAUUGUUAAUGCGAAUCCAGAACUGAAGGUGUUCCAGUGCGACAAAUGUCCGAAAGCGUUCACGCGGAGGAUAUUGCUGAAGAGCCAUCAGUCCGUACACUCUACGCAACGGGGAUUCACCUGUCAGGCCUGCGAAAAGUGGUUCCCAACAAGAUCGGCGUUAGUAAGACACGAACGCACGCACACAGGUGAGAAACCAUUCGGCUGCAACAUCUGCCACCGCGCCUUCGCGCAGAAGGAAAUCCUGUUCCGCCACUUGAUGACCCAUUCUGGCCAGAAACCGUACCAGUGUCAGGAGUGCGAGAAGAGCUUCACGCAGCGGGAAGCUCUCAAGGUACACAUGCGCCGCCAUCAGAAGUUGAAUCCGAACGACAUUCAGCUGCACCAUUGCCAGCUGUGCCCGAAAGCGUUCUGCCAUGCGUCCGGUCUUAGCAGACACUUGGUUACGCACACUGGCAGAACGUACAAGUGCGUCGAAUGCGAGAAAACCUUCACCGACAAGAGUUCGCUGCUCAGACAUAGUCGUAUACACGCGCCCAAGAAGGUUGUAGCAAAUUGAGCAGUGUCUCAUUGCUCAGUUUGCUACGACUUCCCUGGGUAUUGCAUGGGUAUGACUUUUCUGAGCUCGCUAACUAUGAUGAUGAUGAUUGUAUCAAUGAGAGAAAUCAGCAAAUUAGAUUUACGAGAAACGUAUGGUUAUUUCAUUGCAAUAGUUAAGUCGCAUAAUUCCUACAUAAUACAUUAAGUUACGAAUUUAAUGCUGGGACGCAUUAAGGGCGUCUGCUUCGGCCAUCCUUGUAUAAGUACCAUGGGAAACAUACGAUUUAUAUAUACGAGAAGUGCAAGCAAAUUUGCUUCUUUUCAGGUUUUAAAAUAUUCCAUAAAUAACACAUGUGAUGAAAUAAUAUGUGUCUUUUAAUGCAAAUGAAACACUGAGAAUUUAAUGUUCAAGGUAUGCCUAGUAGAAUUAUAAACUUGAAUUUGAUUAUUAUAUUUGACAAUAUUUGUUAUAAAUUCUACGGAAUGUGCGAUCAGUAGACUUAACAUAUUAUAUCAUGUAUGAAUAAACAUUGUAUUAUAACAGCGCUAUACUUAUCAUAAUAAUUUUUGCAUCUCUAUUACUUCAUGGAUGAUAGAAAUAUGAAACAUUCAAUCCGUACAAACAAACAUAAUGUUGCUAUUAAAUAUAACAUAUACAAGGAUGAUUGAAAUAAGUCGGACAUCAAUUUUAACUUCAGUUUAUUCAUUUAAUCGAUAAGGCUUUAUCUCGUAAGUUUAUUAUAAGAAUUACAGCACAACUGCAGUUUUUCUAUUUUACGAUUAAUCAUAUCUUAAAAUUUGAAUGUAACCGAACACACAAAAUCUAAAUUAUAAAUUACUUACAAAAUAGAGAUGUUAUACAGUUAAGGAGAGAUUAUAUUUAGUUACAUAUAUAUAUAUAUGUAUGUAUGUAACACAUUGUGGAUUGUCAAGGGAUUCAGUUAUGUUUCUUAAGAUUAACGAAUGGCAGAAGGUAUAUUCAUAUAAAUGUAAAGACGCGAUGAAAGAGAGAACUUUUCCGAAAAAGUUGCUUAUUGUAAUUAUGAUUGAUAUAUAAUUUAGGAAAUAUUGUUGUAAAAAAAUCAAACAAUUGAAAAAAAACUCCAACUUUUUUAUAUAAUAUUGAUACAAACGUUUCAUUGCAAUUAAUCUAAAUGAAACUAUAGUCAUUCCUGCAAUCUGGAAUUCAUCAAAAAUGUAGCAAUUCUUGAUAUUUCUUUCGCAAGUUUUCUGAACGAGCGAAGAACGAGAAAAGUGCGAAUUACUUCAUAUGUUUAGUGAUCGAUUAUGAGAGCUGUCGAACUUGUAUAUGCAUUGUGUACAAAUAAAAUGUAUUAAGUAUGUAUUAUCAGAAA